CAAAGCUGGACAGCAUCGUUUCACGAAAUAGCGAGUUUUAUUAGAGCUAGAGGUUUGCGCUAAAAGAUUAAACGAUUUGCGCGAAAAUUAGCGAAUAUAUAUCUAGUUGGUAUAUUUUCCCAUAAAGGAUAAAUCAUAUUCUGUACAGUAGGAAUCAGCACCUGUCAAAUGAAGUUUUAUUUCUGAAAUUACUUUUAUUUCAUUGAAAGUGAGAUGCGCGUCAGCGGAAUGGAUUAAAAGACAUCGACUUGAAAAAACAUGGCAAGCUCUGACAGCGAGGUAAAAACAUUACUGAACUUUGUUAACUUGGCCUCCAGCGACAUCAAGGCAGCCUUGGAUAAAUCCGCCCCUUGCAGACGCUCCGUAGACCACAGAAAAUAUCUUCAGAAACAAUUGAAACGAUUCUCGCAGAAGUACUCGAGGAUGCCUCGGUGCCAUGCGCACAGAAUAACCGACGCGAGCGCUCCCAAAAUAACAGAGGACAAGCCUAUUAUUUUGACGCACGAGAGAGCUAAAAAUAUGUCCCAUUUAAAUGAAAAGCAAGAGCUAAAUCUGCGCGCGGGAGAAGAUCUGGAUUUGAACCUCAAUACAGAGAACCAAAACUUAUCCGGACAGGUUCCCAUGCGCAAACGGCAGCUCCCAGCUUCCUUUUGGGAAGAACCAAGAUCUUCUCAGGGCUCUCGCGAAUAUUUUGAGUAUGCUUGGAAGAGAAGCUCAAACGGAAUUGUAAGAUAUGAAUCUGCGGAGUCUGGGGGUGAGAAAAGGAUCAAAGUUCAUGAUGAACAAAAAGCUAACUUACUGCUGUCUAAUCGACGUGGAACUUCUGACACGGAACCGCUCAAGGUUGAUUUGACAUCCACGCAUGUGCACCUUUGCGGGUGCUGUCCCUUUCAGUACCACGGGAACCAUAUUUUCCAGAGUCAUCUUAUAGCGCCUCAUACAAACAUUCCCGACGUGGGGCUCAGAUCCAAAAUAUAUGGAAAUGAAUUUGAAGACGGACUGACAAAUAACACAAAACAUGUCGUGGUCAAACCAAUUCCAACUAAACCUGUCUCUUCAUCCAUUUUCAGUGUGUUUGGUUUUAUUUAGCCGUCUAAAAGUCCGCAGAUAUGUCUGAAUAUGAUUGUAAUGUGUUAAAUGAACUAUUAUUUGCUGAGAUGGCGAAGUUGAAAUGUAAAUAUUUUCAUGUCAUUCAGAGUUAGGUUUGUACUGAUAUACUAGGCUGAAUUUUAAUUAUUCACCGCGUUAUCGGCAGUUAUUAGGCCUUAGGCCUACCAAUUUCUUAUUAAGCACUUAAAUCAUCAAUAAACCAAUGAACUCGAAUCAAGACAUUACUAUGUUAUUGCGCUAAGGGGUUUCAUUACACCGUGUUUUGUAUUCUGGGAUUGUUUUAGAAGCUAAAAUUAACGGUUAAAAUUAACUUUAUUGGUGAUGAAAUGACAUAAAUCACCGAUAUUUAAGCGUACGGAUAUUCUGCAGAUAAUUGGUGCCUGAGAUAUUCCACAAUACAAUUCAAAUAAUAUCUGUGCAGUAUAUUUGUAAAUACAUUUUAAAAAAUUCUGAAAUACAUUUAUAAAAAGUCAUAAAUGUUAUUUUAUGCUACCUCAAAUCAUUUAGAUAAAGCAAAACAGUAUUUUAAUUCCACUAUUUUUUGUCACACUUUUAAUACAUUAUUAUAUGCAUAUUUGGAAAGAUCAACUACAGUCUGUUUGCCCAUCAGUCUUGUGCAUCUUCUGUUAAAUUCAUCUUAUGGUUGGUUAUUAAAUAAAGCCAGAGUCUCUCAAUAGAGUUUAACUUAUCCUUGGUGUAAACAAAAAGGAAAUAAAA